UAAGGAGUCUUCUUUUUUUGACUUAAAACUAAACUUUAUUCAUUUUACAGGGUAUAUCUUUAAAUUCAGAAUGGUUUGCAAAGUAUUUGCAGUCAACAGCAGCUGCAUGUUCGAUGUAUGCCAACCUAACAUCUUGCCAAGCUCUUGGAAAUAUUUGUGUGAUGAACAUGAACUCUUUCAGCUCUACAACAUUUGAUGCAUGUCGAGUGUUUCAGUAUAUUUUUGAAAACACUGCUGGACUGAGCACUGUUCAUUCUAUUCCAUUUUGGAGACAGAGUCUUCCAUGGCUGUUUUAUGGAGACCAGCUAGGACUGGCACCUCAAAUACUCAGUACAACACCUCUUCCUACAAAUUUCACUUUUAAAGGCCAAAACCAGAACACAAAACUAAAGUUUGUUGCUGCCUCCUAUGAUAUAAAAGGAAAUUUUCUCAAGUGGCAAACUUUAGAAGGAGGUGUUAUACAGCUUUGUCCAGACACAGAGAAAAGACUAAAUGCUGCUUAUUCUUUUGGAACAACCUAUCAACAAAAUUGUGAGAUUCCUGUUUCUAAGAUCUUAACUGGUUUUCACUCUCCUGUAUUUUAUGAUGUGUUCCUUGAAUAUACUGAUGAAAAUCAACACCAAAGUCUUUGGGCUGUGCCUGUUUUAAACCUAAAUCUUCAACACAAUAGAAUAUUUGUGAACCAAGACAGUAGCUCUAGCAAGUGGCUUCUUACUCGGCGCAUUUUCUUAGUGGAUGCAGUAAGUGGACGAGAAAAUGACUUAGGAAGUCAGCCAAAAGUAAUUCGAAUUGCAACCCAGAUAUCACUGAGCAUUCACCUUGUGCCAAACACAAAAAAUGGAAACAUAUACCCUCCCUUAAUCACCAUUGCCUACAGUGACAUUGAUAUCAAAGAUCCCAAUAGACAGUCUGUAAAGGUUUUUUUCUCAGUCAAAUAUGAAAUGAAUCAAGGGGAUGCAUAUAUUCAGACAGAUAUUGCUUUGGGUGUGUUGGGUGGGCUAGCUGUGUUAUCAUCUCUUUUGAAGACAGCAGGAUGGAAGAAGCGCAUUGGGAGUCCAAUGAUUGAUUUACAGACAGUUAUGAAGUUCUUGGCAUACUAUGCUGGUGAUCUGGCCAACGUUUUUUUCAUCAUCACAGUGGGAACAGGUCUUUAUUGGCUUAUUUUCUUCAAAGCACAAACAUCUGUCUCUGUUUUGUUACCAAUGCCAGAUCAAGAAGAACGUUUUGUUACUUAUGUGGGAUGUGCUUUUGCUCUGAAGGCCCUGCAAUUUUUGCAUAAGCUCAUAUCCCAGAUUACCAUAGACAUAUUCUUUAUUGACUGGGAGCGACCUAAAGGAAAAGUUCUUAAAGCUGUUGAAGGUGAGGGUGGUGUACGGAGUGCCACUGUUCCUGUAAGCAUAUGGAGAACAUAUUUUGUAGCAAAUGAAUGGAAUGAGAUUCAGACUGUGAGAAAAAUCAAUCCACUUUUUCAAGUACUCACUGUCCUCUUCUUUCUGGAGGUGGUAGGAUUCAAGAACUUAGCAUUGAUGGAUUCAUCCUCUAGUCUUUCUAGAGACCCAUCAGACUACAUAGCUCCUUAUAGCCGCAUUUUGAGAUAUGCAGUAUCCACUGCUCUUUGGCUGGUCAUUGGAAUUAUACAGAUUGUGUUCUUUGCUGCCUUUUAUGAGAGAUUCAUAGAGGAUAAAAUUCAGCAGUUCGUUGAUUUAUGCUCUAUGAGUAAUAUAUCAGUCUUUCUGUUAUCCCACCGAUGUUUUGGAUAUUACAUUCAUGGUAGAUCAGUACAUGGGCAUGCAGAUACUAACAUGGAAGAAAUGAACACGAAUCUUAAAAGAGAAGCGGAAAAUUUGUGUAGCCAAAGAGGUUUAGUACCCAACACAGAUGGUCAAACUUUCCAGAUUGCAGUUUCUAGCCAGAUGAGACUACACUAUGACAGAAUUCAUGAGACACUAACAAGGAAAAAUGGCCCUGCCAGACUAUUGAGCUCAUCAGCAAGUACUUUUGAGCAAAGUAUAAAAGCAUAUCAUAUGAUGAAUAAGUUUCUUGGUUCUUUCAUCGAUCAUGUUCAUAAAGAAAUGGAUUACUUUAUAAAAGAUAAAUUGCUUCUUGAAAGAAUUCUUGGAAUGGAAUUCAUGGAACCAAUGGAAAAGAGCAUCUUUUACAAUGAUGAAAGUUAUUCUUUCAGCAGUAUGCUGUAUUAUGGAAAUGAAGCCACCCUUCUUAUUUUUGAGCUGUUGUUCUUUUGUGUUGUGGAUUUGGCUUGCCAAAAUUUUAUUUUAGCAGCCUUCCUUACAUACCUACAACAAGAGAUUUUUAGAUUUAUCCGUAAUACAGUAGGACAGAAGAAUUUGGCAGCCAAAACACUGGUGGAUCAAAGAUUUCUGAUUUAAUUUAUUGAUUAGAUAACUUAAGGACUCAACGUUAUAUGGCAAAAAAGUAAUGAUAUCAGGUUAGUUGGCUAUAUUUUUAAUAACUUGUAAUAUAAAUUAUUCUGUUUUGGUUUUUAUCUACAGAAAAAAUUAUUUUUAUAACCUUUGAAAAUAUAACAUGAUAAAGUAAGAAAAUAUUGCUCUCGCAUUAUGCAUGGCAUUUAAUUCAUUAAAUAAUAAAUAACAUUUACAAAAUUUUUUGUGUUACAAAAAAUAGAUGUUGCUUUCACCUAAACACAUUUUAAUGACAAUCAAAAUAGUCCUCAUC